CAAUUGCCUCAAUCUCCAACUCUCCGUAUAGAAAAUGAAGGCACAAACAAAGUGAGCCCGAAACGCCGUCGUCCUCAGCUGCGCCGCCUGCAAGCUCCAGCCCAAACGAAAGCUUUGUUUUAUCACCACCAAUCGCGGCUAGUUGAAUCCCUAACUUUACUCAUAUAAAAUCAGAUAUUCGAUAUCGGGAUGAAGAAUUUCGUGGAUGAGAAUUUCGAGCUGAAUGAAGUUCAGAAACUCGAAGGUCACACCGAUAGGGUUUGGGGCCUCGCCUGGAAACCAGCUACCGGCAUCGACGGUGUCCCCGCCGUACUCGCCUCCUGCAGUGGAGACAAAACCGUCCGAAUCUGGGAACAGAGCCCUGCUACCGGCUGUUUCCAGUGCAAGGCAGUCUUGGAGGACACUCAUACUAGGACUGUUAGAUCCUGUGCAUGGUCACCGUCUGGGAAAUAUUUGGCAACGGCAAGUUUUGAUGCCACCACUGCUAUCUGGGAGGAUGCUGGUGGUGAUUUUUCAUGUGUUGCCACUCUAGAGGGCCACGAGAAUGAAGUUAAAAGUGUGUCUUGGAAUGCCUCUGGAUCGUUGCUAGCCACAUGUGGGCGAGACAAAUCAGUUUGGAUUUGGGAAGUAUUGCCACAUAAUGAGUUUGAGUGUAUCUCGGUGUUGCAAGGACAUACACAAGAUGUUAAAAUGGUACAGUGGCAUCCGUCAGUGAAUAUUCUGAUCUCAUGUAGCUACGACAAUUCUAUCAAGGUGUGGGCAGAGGAUGGGGAUAAUGAUGAUUGGCAUUGUGUUCAAACCUUAAAUCAAUCCAACAGUGGCCACACAUCUACUGUCUGGGCUUUAUCUUUUAAUGCCAGUGGAGACAAGAUGGUAACUUGCAGUGAUGAUCUUACCAUCAAAAUAUGGGGUUGUGACAUUAUAAGAAUGCAGUCAGGAGAUGGAAAUGCACCUUGGAGCCAUAUAUCUACACUCUCUGGUUAUCAUGACCGCACUAUAUUUUCCAUCCAUUGGUCACGGGAUGGAAUAAUCUGCUCUGGAGCAGCUGAUGAUGCUAUACGCUUUUUCAUAGAGAACAAAGAUGAUUUGGUUGAUGGACCUUCUUACAAAUUGAUUUAUAAGAAAGAGAAAGCUCAUGAGAUGGAUAUCAAUGCCGUGCAAUGGAGUUCCAUGGAAAACAAUCGGCUUGCCUCUGCAAGUGAUGAUGGAACAAUUAAGAUAUGGGAAUUUAUGUCUGCACUUGGGAAGAAGAUGCAUUUAUAGGUCCAUGUUUGUGUGUUAUUUUUCUUGUAGAAGAUAACACAAUUCUAACUUCUUUCUUCCGAUAUUGAUAUUUAAUGGUUGGAAUAGAUAAUGUGUUUAUGACUUUAUCAAUAUGAUAUGAUAUCCAAUUUUGUGAAUAAA